AUGGAAAGUGUGCCCGCAAAUUCGCGGACUCCGCUGCUGUCACAUGGCUGGCAUGUGGCAGCACCGCCACCAUCGCCCACCCGUGAUGCACAAAGAGGCUCACUCACCUUCUUCACUUCGUGCCGCGCUGCUGCGUUUACCUGGUUUGUUGGCAUAAGCACCCUGCAGCACGGUUUGCGGAGGCGAACUCGAAGAGCAGCGGGCACUGAGUGGAAGCAAAAGCACUUGGCUAUGGAGCUCUCUGGGCUGCCGAGCCAUCCGUCGAAGAAUGUCAAGUUGGAGCAGUAUGCGACUGAUGGAGAUAUCGCCGCCUUAUGGCUGUUGGGGAUCAACGCCCAGGAUCCAUUUGCCAACAUGGACAAGGGCGUAGUGGAUCUUGGUGCUGGAAAUGGCAUACUGGGCAUUGGGGCGCUGCUUCUCGGUGCCCCACGCGCUGUCUUCGUUGAGGUGGAUCCUGCAGCAGCUGACGCAAUUGAAGAAGGACUCGAGGCACAGAGCCUGUCAGCCCGCUCUCGUGUAUUGUGCUGCGAUGUGGAGGAGGUGGUGGAUGAUCCAGACUGUGUUGGUGACCUUGUUCUUAUGAACCCGCCUUGGGGACAGCAGAGAAAGUCUGCAGACAGAGCUUUCCUGCAGGCCUCCAUUGCAUUGGCGAAGACUUCGGUGCACCUGAUGCACAGUGCUGGUGCUGUGCAUGUGGAGCCGUGGGCGCGAGACCAUGGCUGGAAAGCUGUCAAGUGGCUUGAUGUGGAGUUUCCACUACCAAGAAGAUAUGCGCAUCAAACUCAGCGCAGAGGCUUCACGCCGGCUGCUAUGUGGCGGAUCUCAAGGGAAAUCUCGAUGAGCAGGGAUGAGAGCAAGCCGAGGAGAGUUCUGUCGGACGAUCUGUUCUGA